AUGGGUUUCUCAGAUUUUAUUUCUGAACAAGGGCUUAUGGACCUUCCCCUUGUAGGGGGUGUUUGUACUUGGUCGGUCUCUCAAGACCCUCCGCUAUGGUCUAGGAUUGAUUGGUUUCUUGUUUCUCCAGAGUUAGAAGCCUGGUUUCCAGGGGUGAGGCAGAAAAGGCUUCCACGUCUUUGCUCGGAUCAUUUCCCAAUUAUGCUUGAGUUGGGGGAGAUUUCCCAGGAGAAAAGGCCUUUCAGGUUUGAGAAUAUGUGGCUUAAAGAGGAAGGGUUUGUUGCCUUAGUGAAACAAUGGUGGGAUUCUUAUGAGUUCCAAGGUACGCCGAACUUUGUUCUUGUUCGCAAACUCAAGGCCUUGAAGCUGAAUUUGAAGACUUGGAAUGAGGAGGUGUUUGGUAACAUUGAGAGGAAUAAGAGGACUCUUCUUGAAGAUCUUCGGGUGUUUGAUGAGCACGAAGAAAGUAGGGCGUUGAAUGUGGAGGAAUUAGCGAGGAAGGCCGAGGUUGUUCAAGAAUUAGAGAAGUGUACUCUUAUGGAGGAGAUAAGUUGGAGACAGAAAUCGAGGGUGUCUUGGUUAAAGGAAGGGGACAAGUGCACUAAAUUCUUUCAUUCCAUAGCCAACUCUAAUAGAAGGUAUAAUUCGAUAGAGAAUCUUAUGAUUGGGGAUAAUCUUUCUUCAAAUCAGGAUGAGAUUAGUGAGCACAUUGUGGAUUUCUACCAAAAGCUCUUUGCUGAACAACGCAGUUGGAGGCCUUUGGUAGAUGGUAUCUCCUUGGAUUCCAUCUCGGAGGGAGAGGCCAGCUGGUUGGAGAGAGAGUUUGAAGAGGAAGAGGUUAGAAAGGUCGUGUUUAAGAUGAAUGGCAACAAGGCUUCGGGCCCCGAUGGUUUUCUAUGGCAUUCUUCCAAGCUUGUUGGGAUGUGGUGA